GCGCCCUGUGGGCAGAUCCGUUCAUCAACGGCUCGGGUAGAGAGGGAAAUGGCGGCAGAGGCGGAGGCGCUGCCUGCGGAGACGCCCCCCGGCCCCGCUCCAGGCCGAGAUCCCCACGUCCGGUGUCGCUCGUGCCGCUCGGUUGCAGAGUUGCUGGGCUGCUGCAAAUCUCACGUGCGCGCGCUCGGCGACGAGCAGCCGGUCGAGACCGAGACCUUGCAAUGGGCUCUCGGCGAAGCCGUCUGGAACUUUGAAACAGCUGUACAAGAUAACAUAACUGUUAAUGGACAACCAUGGCAGGAGUCACCAAGCAAUCUUCAAAAUGGUGCCGACAUCAAACCCCUUGAAGAUCAGCUGGAUGAAUUAGUAGUGGAAGUGGCCUCCAAGCGCAAUCACCAUCCCAAAAAAAUAAAAGCUCAUGUCGUCAAAAGCAUUAAAACUCAGCAAAAAAUGUUGGGCUGCUAUCAACCUGUUGUGAAACCUCAAGAGACAAAAGCAACACCUUGUGAAGAUUCUCAUAUGGCAGACCUGAGGCUUUCAGCAGAAGCAGCAGCCAGACAUAUUGGAAAUUCAUUUCAGUUUAUGACGUCUCUCCUGGGAAAAGCAGAAGGUUUCUCCACGGUGUUAUCUUGGCAGCCAACUUUAGAACUGUGCAAAAUCCGCCAAGAAGUUUUUUCCAGCUCCCAAGUGAAAGCAGAGAAUCAAACUGAGAGCAAAACCCUUACAGAACAAGUAGAAGUCAUAUCCCCAGAGACUGCUAUCAGCAGUUCUGUUAUACUGAAAAUAAAGAGGCCGUCAUGUUCACCACAGAGAAAGUAUCCAUUACGACGAAGGAAAAUUGGUCUUGACACAUGAAUUUUUUUUUACUUUCAAGCAUUCCCAAAACUACCAUCUGCUUUGAGAGAACUGUUUAAUUGGACCUUCAUAUGUAUAUAUGAUCUUUGCUUCUCACAUUUAUAGGAGAUGUUUUUGCCUAUUUGAACUUGUCUACCACACCAAGGAGUCUGAGUUGUCUGGAGAAACAUUGGUAGUGACAUCCUCUGGACACCAGAUGACCAAUCAAUUUUGACUUGUAGUUUUAGAGGUUCUAGUUUGGUCCUCUCACUGUGCUUAAUGUUAUGUCAGACAACUGCAGACUUUUCAUGUUGUAGUUUUUCACAUCCCCAUGAUCAUUCAGUGAGGACCAUUUGUCAGCAGUGUUGUGGAGUAUUGUCAUUUGAGAUUCAAGCCUGAAACUACAGAAGCAUCACUGUAUUACAAUCAAAUGGUCAAUUACAAAAUGUGGAUUAAAAAAAACACAACUCAGCAUAUCUCUGACUCAAUAAAGAGAAAAAGAGCUCAAUGUAGAGAGCUAUGCACUGGCAUAGCCAGGAUUCUCCAUCUGCAUCUCCAAGCAGAAGACACCAUGUCAUGUGAUUCAAAAGCCAUUUCCUGAAAAAGUUUGAAAUUGUGCAGAAAAUGCACAAUUGCUUAUGUGUACACAAUAGGAUUUUUAGUUCGUGGCAAUGAUUUGCAUUUUUGGUGUGUAAAUAUUACGUUUACCUGUACAGGUCCUUUUCUGCAAUAUCUGUAUCUGCAAUAUCUGAGGGCCAAACCAGGUAUUCUGCAUCUGAGACAGGUUUUCUGUAACAUAUAAAAAGUUGCAGGGAAAGUUUGGAGGGUGAUUCUUAAGCAGUCUGCCCUACCUCCCCCUCCCAACCAUUUGGGAUGAAGCCACUGGCAGAUAAUUGCACAGGAGAGAGGUGAAAGGCAAGAGAAAGUUUAAACAUCCCUCUUCAGUCGCUUCUUCUGUCCUCCAAAUGUAUGUCCUCUUGUCUCCCGCUCCUCAUGCCCUGAUCUUCAGUGUAGACUUGGGUUCCCAGAGUGCUGCAAAGCAUCUAGUAUGGCCCUGACAAGCUGACAAAUGUAACUAUAUUUGAUAAUUGUCAUGGAAUCCUCCCCCCCCCCCCCCCAGUCUAAACGUAAUAUGCUGUUUUUAAAUUGAAACAGUAGCCCAUUGCAUGUCUUGCAGUUUGGCAUCACCAUGUUUAGUCUCUUGAACUCUGCGCCUUUAAUUGAUUCGACACAUGAAUCUGAACUGAAUUCUGUUUUGGGGGUUCCUAAUCUCUGCACUGUUACAAAACGGUUUAGAUAACUUCAUAAAUCCAUAUCAAGUUAUUCUAUUUACCAUUCAGUUUAUUUACAUAUUAUCUCCCUUCUUAGUCCUGCUGUUCUGUCAUGCAAAGUGAAAAUAUAGGUUUUAUUGUUUGCCUGUUUGCUUUACUAUACCCUAGGAAUUCAUGUUAAGCUAUAGGUGCUAACCUAAUAGGCAGUUUGACUGCUUUUUUAAAAAGACAGUUUGGAAUGUAGUGCAGAGUAGAAUGUACUACACUGUCCUGAAAAGUGAUGUAGGCAAAAAUGAAUUUAUUCAUUUCAGUUCAGUCAUACACGUGCAAAGACUAUAGUAAAGCAGUAAUUUGGAAAUAUUGUCUUGGGUUUGGUAUUUCUUUGCCUCAGAAUGGCUGCUUAGCCAGUAAAGGCACUAUAAGUUUCCAGGGCUUUCUUCUCAAAAGCCCUGCACUGUAAAGACUACCCUUGACCUUUGCUUCCACCUUUGGGAAACAUGAGACAAUGCAUGUGAUUAUAUUCUAUGAUUAAUUGAGAUUUAUUUAUUAAGUUUCCAAAAUCAGUGCUAUUUGUAUGACUUACUUUCCUUUUUACUAAUUAGAAUUUAUUGUGUAUCAAUUAUUCCUCAAAAUGCAAACUUUCAAAAGGGUUUUAUUUAGAAAAAAGAACAACCUCAAGUACUGUUCCUUAGAAAUGUUUUCUUAAUUAAACAGCCAAAAGAGGAAAAUAAGUGAAAAACUCUGCUCUUGAAAUUCCAUUUUAAAAUGUGUAUCAACAAACUAAGCUUGUAUACUAGCAUAUAAAUAUUUUGUUAUUGUAAAAUGUAUAUUUGUACAGAAGCACUUAUUUUAUAUAGAUUAAAACUGAUAAGACCA